AUGGAAAACAAGUUGAUGAAGGCAUUAGAAUCCGGAAAGUUUAAACUGGCAACCAUUUUGAUACAAGGUGGACACGACGUAAACUUCUCUUCUAACAAGGGUAUUUCGCCACUGAUGCUGGCGUGUAAAUUUGAAGCACUUGAAGAUGGUAUCAACCCAAAGCUAGAUAUAAUUCACAAACUACUGGAGAACAAAGCUAACAUACAUGCAACAGACAACGAAGGAAGAACAGCGCUAGUUUAUGCCAUGCAUUCAAAAUGUAAAGCAACAAUCACAAUGUUAAAAAAGCAAGGACUUGUGAUAACAAUAGAAGCUAAGACGAAGAAAAUAAAAGGUCACAACAAAAUGCUGUGGGAUAGUUUUGAUUUGGACGAGGAGUAA